CAAAACCAAAACAAAAAGGUAAGUAAUAAUGGCAGAUGUUGGUGCUGAAGCAGACAAAAAGGUGAAAUUAGCAAAUACCAAAAAAAGGUUUAAACAGCUCCAAGAGCUAAAGAAAAAACGAAAUGAAGACCAAGAUACUAAUAAAUCACCUGAAACAAUAUCUGAAGUACCCGGUACUAGUAGCGAACACUCUAGCUACAGAAACAGCCCUGUAAUACCCAAUACCCAAAAUGAGCCUGUUAUAGACCACUGGCAACAAGAACCAACAUUGCCCAAUUACUUCGAACCUCAAAGUCAAACUCCAGCAGCAUUCUUCGACACUUUACCUAGUAAAAAUGAAGAACCUAUUGAAAAUCCCAGGGAAAAUCCUUCAUUGUUAACUUAUUUCAAUACCUCCUCACGUAAUACUGUUCAAAAUGUAGGCAAAAAUCUGGGUUUACCCAAGUACUUUGACAAUUUCAAUACAACUGAAUGUAUGAAUGUGAAAAAUGAUGAAUACAAGUUAUUCCCUAGAGAAGCACAAAGGGAAUCUUCGAAUUCUUUUGAGCCAGAAGAUGCCCUUCCAGAUGAUUAUCCUGGUAUUAAGGAGAAUUCCGAGCUAGAGGAUGUGACAUGUAUGGAAUAUCCUGAUGUUAAACAGAUUAAAAUGGGCCAACAUGCAAGGAGAAGUAGCAGCGGGACUGUUACAUUGGACUAUUUUCUAGCUGGACAAAAUGAGAAUUUAACUGAUUCACAAGUUUAUCCAAAUAGUGUAUUUUCAGCUCGUGAUGAUAAAAGAUUGAUGGAGUACUUAGGUACCACAGGUGUAACACAAGAAGACCAAAACAACAUCAGCCAUACAAACCACGAAAUCGACGAUUCCACCGAUUUAACUCAAAAAGAAAUCAGACACUCCAACGUGGAAAGUUUGAGGCAAUUAUCAGACCAACUAGCCCACAUGAUAGAGCCUGACUACGAGUAUUCCUCAGCAUCAGGGCCCACAACCGACUUUGAAAAAAGAAAUAUUGAACUAGCUGAUAAUUUAGCCAAAGAAAAAUUACAUUCUGCUCAACUUGAAGCUACCAAUACACAAUUACAAUCACACAUAAAUCAGCUACAAGAUCAACUAACCAAGCAACAGUUUGAUUCAAAUUCACAAACCUCACAAGAAGUUGCCCAUUUGAAAAAUGAACUUCAAACGCAUUUGCAAACAAUUGGACUUUUGGUAGCUGAAAAAACCGAAUUGUCUUCAAAUUUGAGCCAAUAUGAAAUCAAUUGUAAUCAAAAAACCAGCGAGUGUGAGGAAUUGCAGGCAAGGCUUAAAGCUUCUAGAAGUAGAGUGGCUGACUUAGAAAGGGAGGUGAAUAAUUUAAAAUCUGAAAAAAUACAAACACAAAAUGCUGGGGAACAAUAUAAUACAUCUUUGGUUAAUUUGAAACAAGAAUACAUUAAUAUGAAGGAGCAAAAAGAUGAAUUGGCACAAGAUUUAAUGGAAGUUAGAGAAAAAUUAAAAAAUACUUUAGAGGAAAAUGUUAAAAUGCAGCAAGAAUAUAAGGAAAUGGCUGGCAAAUUGUCUUUAGCUGAAAUAAAAAUCCAACAAUUACUAUCAGGCGAUUCUUCCGGCAUGGACACUCAAAUCGAGCAUCUAACCCAAGAAAAAUUUUCCUUGGAAUCUGACAAGGCCAACCUCAAUCAAAUGCUCAAAUCCAUAGUGAAGGAACGCGACGAGUCUACAGUCCAAUUUCAACAGUACGCUCAACAAUUGAAUGCACAAAUUUCCCAUCUUUCUUCCAAGUUGGAGCAAUUGCAACAAGAAAAAGAAAAUUUGUUGAUGCAGGAGCAGAACAGGAUUAAACACAUUGGAGAAUUAGAGAGGCAGUUGCAGAAUUUGCAAAAAGAACAAGUUACUUAUGCUAGUAGGAAUUCUAGUAAUAGUGAUGUUAGGAAUGAGCUGGAAAGAGCUAGAGAAUUGUGUGCUCAAUUGAAUGUUGAUCAAAGAGCUGCUGAAGAGAAUUUGACUAAGGUUACCAAUGAAAAAGAUCUGUUGCUGAAAGAGUUAGAAGCAAAAAACGACUCUAUUUCCCAACUGGAAAGUAUGAUUGAGCAACUGAGAGGCAAUCAACCUGACAGCGUUAAAUUGUUGGCAACAAUGGAAAGUGACAAAGUAGCGGCUGCCAGAGCUAUCGAGCAAAAUAAAGAGCUGAAGCAGCAGUUGGAAAGUAUGCAGGAAGUUUUUAUGAAAAUGGACAAUGAUAAAGUAGUUCUCACAGAAAAUCUCAAAGGCCAGCACGAAACCAAUAAAGACCUAAUUGAAAAAUUACAAAAAACCGAAAUCACUCUUCAAUCCUUAGCAGACGCCAUUGAGAUUAAGGACAAAGAACUGACUCAUUUGAGGGAAGCUUUCGAGGAAAUGAAUAGACAAUCGCUUCACCAUGAGCAACUUGAAGACAGAUUGAGGCAUUACGAAGCACAUGAUAAUUCCGCGCACGUUUUACAGAACGACUUACAGGAAGCUAAACAGGUUAUUGUGAAACUAACCAACCAAUUGAACAAGAAAAAAGAUGAAGAAAACAACACUCCUUUGGAAAUUCAAUUAAACGAUGCCAACCAAACUAUUCUAGAACUUACUAAUGAAGUUAAUAAAUUAAAAAUACCAGACACAACUGAACAAGACUGUGAGGAAACUAAAGAUGACAUUGAUGAAAACACCAUAGACAAAGAAAACGCCAUGAAAUACUUAGAAGAAAAAGUAAAAAAGACCAUGCAAGAAAUUGCCGAUUUAACUGACGAAAAACAACGCCUAGAACACAUAGUUCUUCAGCUACAAGGUGAAACCGAAACAAUAGGCGAGUACGUGGCCUUGUACCAACACCAAAGGAUGAUUUUGAAGCAAAAAGCCCAGGAAAAGGACCAGCAACUAAAACAACUGGCAGGCGACAGAGAACAAAUAAAACUAAAAAUUGACAGACUGAAUGAAUUAAUUAAAAAGUUGGUACUGGAAAAAGGUUCCAUACCGGCAGAACUAAUGCAGCAUCACGAACUUAUGAGUAAUAUUUGUGAGGAGCAUUCCAAAUUAAACGCACAAAGUAAUAUUAUAGAGCCUGAAAAUGAGCAGGAAAAUGUUGAAACAAGUCAAACUGCUGAAGAAAUUAUAUCUUUGCUGACUGAAAUUAAAACUAGUAAUUUAGUGCAGCCUAGUGAUAAUAUACAUCCUUGUCCUUGGUGUUCUGGUCAAUUAAUGACUGUAUGAGUUUUGUAGGCAAUAAUUUUAUUAUGUUGACCAGUAAUGGCGAAAGGAAGUAAGAGAGUGGCUUUGUUGUAUGUAUAAGUUAUUUUUGUGCAAUAACUAGGUGAUGGAGUGUUUCUGAUUAGUUAAAGGGGGUGUGCGCCAAAAAUUAAAGUUUUAGUGUAAAAAAAUCUAAGAAUAACUGUUCAAACCUCGUUAUUUUACGAUAAACCAUCGCUGAGAUAUACCGCUUUAAAGUGUGUGUGACGUCACGAGAGCGUCGUCCAGCCGCGCUCCGCAUUGUUAAUUUGAUUGUUCCCGGCACGCGUGAGUGGUUUUUGUUUAGAUUAUUGCAGGUAACACAGGAGAAAUAUAUGUAAAUUUAAUUAACUCCACUUUCUCGUGCGUAGCUUGAGCUUUCGUGACGUCAUAGGGUGAGAUGCGGUACCUUCAUAGAGCCAUAUCUGCGGUAUUAUUUGUCAUAGAGGGGUGCGGAUUUCACUGUUAUUCUUAGAUUUUUUUUCUCUUUUUUUUUGAGAUUAAGUAGUUUUUUUGGUGCACACCCCCUUUAAGAUAAUCUGGAAUUAACACUCGUUGCCUGUCCUCUUUCACUUCUUUAUUAUGUUUUUGCAGUAUAAACAUUUUUUUUUUUUUUUUUUUCAAAAUUCAUUUUCAUAAGAUUUAGGUUUAAGAUUGGCCAUUAAUUAAUUCUUACACAGAAGUUUUUAUUUCAUUAUCAAUAUUUUAUCUGAAAUAAAGUUAACUAUACCCUCCAUUCUAUAUUGUUUUUAUGUGUAUAAUUAAGCAAAAAUCAUCUCAUCUCUCCUCCUCUUGGGCUGAUUACCGGGUUUAUUUUGACAUUCCGGAUGAUUCAUGAGUUCUGGCGGACAAUUUGACACAGGCGAAGAUAGCAACAUUUGCUUCAAAUCGUAGAACAAUGGCGAAUCGUCGUUGGUACAAAAACUGACAGCAAUACCAGUCUUGCCAGCACGUCCGGUACGACCAAUACGAUGAGUGUAAUCUUUAAAAAAAAAUAUAUAUAUAUAUCAUAAAAAAUCAUUGGUUUUCUUGAAUUAUUCUUACCUUCAAUUGUCUUUGCCAUAUCAUAAUUAAUAACCAUAGAAACAUCCUUGAUAUCAAUACCUCUUCCAGCAACAUCUGUAGCCACAAGAAUAUCUUUGGCUCCAGAUUUCAAGCUGGCUAAAGCAUAUUCUCUUUGCUCUUGACCUUUACCACCGUGAAGUGUACAAGCGUUGAAUCCCAAUUUUUCCAAACCUUUAGCCAAAACGUCGGCCCCCUUCUUUUGGUUAACAAAAAUAAUAAUAGGCUUUUCAAUGCCCUUGGAAAGAAUCUCCAUAAGUUUGCGUCUUUUGUCAUUCUCGCCUACAAGAUGGACAAUUUGUUCUACACGUUCUACAGGUUUACCAAUGGAGCCAAUGUAAACUACAGCAGGUCUUCUGAGGUACGUUCUGGCUAAUCUUUCUACAGCUGGAGGCAUAGUUGCAGUGAACAUCACAGUUUGUCUAUAUUUCUUUUUACUGUUGUAGUUGGCCAGGAGAAUUCUGCUAUCUUCGGCAUCAUCAUUGUCUGGUUUCAGAUUUGUUACUGGCAUGUAUUCUAGGAUUUUCUGGACAUCAGGUUCAAAAC